GCGCCACCAGGCUGGCCCCUUGGUUGUUUUAUUUUAAAUAAAGACAGUAUCCAACAGGGCUGGGAUUAGGGUGAGCCAGGUAUUUGAGUUGUGCAAGGGCAAAGUUGAAUCUUGUCUUUCUUUACAAGUUUGGAUUUUUUUUGCAUUAAUUUUGAUUUUUUAAAAUAUUGCAUUAAUAAGGGAGGGACGUGUUAUAAAAAGGCAACAUGGGAGAUCACUGUGCAUUAGUUUCUGGUGGCUGCUGUAACAAAUGACCAUAAAUUUAGUGGCUAAAAACAACAGAAAUUAAUUAUUUUACCAUUCUGGAGGGCAGGAGUCUGAAAUGGGUCUCUCGGGGCUAAACCCAGGUGAGGGCAGGGCGGGUCCCCCAGGAGGCCCCAGGGGAGGAGCGUGUCCCGCCUCCUCCAGCUUCCAGAGGCGCCGCGUCCUGGGCUCGGGGCCCCUUCCUCCGUCCGCACUGCCAGCAGCACAGCGUCUCCAUCUCAGCCUCUGACCCUCCCGCCUCCCUCUGAUCAGGACCCUGGGGUGACCCUGAGCCCCGGGAAUCCAGGGUGGUCCCUCAUCUCAAGAUUUGUAACUUAAUCCAUCUGCAAAAUUCCUUUACUACCACUUAAAACAACAUAUUCACAGGUACUCAAGAUUAUCUUUGCGGGGGUCAUUAUUCAGCCUGGCACAUUUGGGAUGCUGGCACUGUUUUGUAUCAUCGUUGUGGUAGGACACACAAAAGUACACAGUCAUACAAUUGCAUAGAACAUAAUCCACACAAACACGUAAAUGAGGACAGUACAAGUAAAACUGAGCAAUCUGUAUCAGGUUGGUAUGUAUUCUAUCAAUGUCAACAUCCCGGUCAUGAUAUUAUACUAGCGGUUUGCGUGUAUUUUGCACAAAGUUACCUUUGGGGGAAACUGGGAGAAGGGAAGGGUACCUUGCGUCCUCUGUAUUAUUUCUUACAAUUAUUUCUCUACAAUGAUCUCAAGAGAAAUGUCAAUUCAAAAAAAAUUGCAUUUAAAUAGUAUGGACCUUAUUUACUGAGUUUUGGGGCACCUCCUUCAAUUUUGUGCUCAUCCCCGGCACGGCUGAGCAAAUUGGUUCCACUUGCGGAAAGCAUCAUGCAAUUCCUGUUUAAUUCGCCAUCUUUUAGCAGCGGCUCACGUUUUGACAAACUAGAAGUCCAGAGGGGUGACAGAGCCCUGUAUACAGGCAAUAAAUUAUUCCUGGGCUCUGCCUGGGGGGCUGAGAGCGUUCUGCAGGAGCCCAGAGGAUGUCUCUUGCUCAGCCUGGGUUGGCGCAGGCGCCAGGCUGGACGCCCAAGCUGAGAUGGGAAAUCUAACGAAGCGUGCUGGGCUCAAUCGUGUUCCCCCCAAAAGACACGUUCAAGCCCUAACCCCCAGUACCUGUGAAUGGGACCCUAUUUGGAAAUAGGGUCUUUGCAGAUGGAAUCAAGUUAAGAUGAGGUCAUACUAGAGUGGGGUGGGCCCCAAAUCCAGUGACUGGUGCUUAUAAGAAGAAGGUUUAGUCACAGACACAGGAAGAUGAGGGAAGAGACUGGAGUGACGUGUCUCCAAGCCAAGGAGCGCCGAGGAUUGCUGGCCACCACCAGCUGCUGGAAGAGGCAGGAAGAUCCCGCCCCUAGAGCCUCCGGAGGGAGCGCGGCCCCACUGACCCCUUGAGUUUGAUCUUAGGGGUUCCACGGCCAAGCGUCGAGGAGCCACAGAAGGUGCGAGCAGGUGCAGACGUCUCUCCUGCUAUCAGUUUCUCAACAGGUUCUCGUGCCCGGGCGGGCCCACGGCAGGCGGAGCAGGGCGGGCGCCAUGGUGACCGAGCAGGAGGUGGAAGCCAUCGGGCGCUCGCUGGUGGACCCACAGCAGCCCCUACAGGCCCGCUUCCGGGCGCUCUUCACGCUGCGCGGCCUCGGCGGCCCCGCGGCCAUCGCCUGGAUCAGCCGGGCCUUCGAUGACGACUCCGCGCUGCUCAAACACGAGCUGGCCUACUGCCUGGGCCAGCUGCAGGACCCGCGGGCCGUGCCCGUGCUGGUGGACGUGCUGCGGGACACCCGCCAGGAGCCCAUGGUGCGCCACGAGGCGGGGGAGGCCCUGGGGGCCAUCGGGAGCCCCGAAGUGCUGGAGGUCCUGAAGGAGUUCGAGGCCGACCCCGUCGUCGAGGUGGCGGAGACGUGCCAGCUGGCCGUGCGGCGGCUGGAGUGGCUGCAGCAGCGCGGUGGCGCGCCGGCGCCCGAGGGGCCCUACCUCUCGGUGGACCCGGCGCCCCCGGCCGAGGAGCGCGACGUGGGGCGUCUGCGGGCGGCGCUGCUGGACGAGGCGCGGCCGCUCUUCGACCGCUACCGGGCCAUGUUCGCCCUGCGCGACACCGGCGGCGAGGAGGCCGCCCUGGCGCUGGCCGAGGGCCUGCGCUGCGGCAGCGCCCUGUUCCGCCACGAGGUCGGCUACGUGCUGGGCCAGCUGCAGCACGAGGCGGCGGUGCCCGCGCUGGCGGCCGCCCUGGCGCGGCGCGCCGAGAGCCCGAUGGUGCGGCACGAGUGCGCCGAGGCGCUGGGGGCCAUCGCCAGGCCCGCCUGCCUGGCCGCGCUGCGCGCGCACGCCGGCGACCCCGAGCGCGUGGUGCGCGAGAGCUGCGCGGUGGCCCUGGACCUGUACGCGCACGAGAGCGGCGCGGCCUUCCAGUACGCGGACGGCCUGGAGCGCCUGCGCGCGCCGCCGCCCGACCCCGACCCCGGCCCCGACUCCCGCGUCUAGACCGCCUGCCCCCGGGGCCAGGCUGAGGUCUCUGCGGUGCUCCCGGGGGGCGGGGUGUCGGCUGGGUGGGCAUCUGGGGGGCGGGGCUGGGCUCCGAGGUGGGGGUUCCGCGGCCCAGCCCCUCUAGGAAUGAGAGGCGUUGCUGAAACCCGUCCCCCCGCCUCCCCCGGGCCUGCGGAGGGGCUGUGGGCGUCCGGGGGUUGUGCUGCGGCGGGGAGGGCCAGGCAGACCCCAGGACACUUGCCCGGAUCGACCAUUAAAUUAUUUCUGCCAAGCGUGA